AAAACCAAGACAAGUGUUUAUGUCAAGUUUCUUUCACCACCAACAGACCAUUGAUUGCAGAGCAAGAGAAAAUUUCAGGAAAACCAUGUAAUCUGGGCACAGACGUUGUUCUUUCAAGAAAAAUGACCUCUAUAUGUGACAGUGUAGGGCCUACAUACUUGGAUCUGUACCCGUUGGCUCCUCAUAAUGACUCAGAAAAGAAGAUUGAUGACUGUAAUGCAUCUCAUUCCUAUACUAGAAAUGAGAGAAGAGAUACUGGAGAGAAAUCUUCUGAUUACUAUCAGAAUGUGCAAACUUUCAAUUAUGUGCCGGAAUUUUCUUCGGGGCAGUCUUUUGAAUCUAAUGAACGUGGUUGUGCUUUGCAUGAUAAAGCUGUCUUCAUUACGCGGAAUAGUGCUUACGCAAAAGAGAGAUCUCAUUAUAAAUUUGGAAGAAAGCUAUGUAAUGAAUCAGCCCUUGCUUCUCCCAGUAUUCACACAGAGAAGAGUCCCUGUGAAUUUCAUGAAGAUAAAUGUAAUACAAUUGGGAGCAGAUUCAGGAGGGUUGCUCAACUUCAGAGAACUGAUACAAGAGAGAAAACUUUUGGUCCAAAACCACAAUUCAGUGAAUAUCAGAGAACUCACACUGGAGUGCAACCACUUGAGUGUGGGAAAAACUUCAACUACAAUUUAGCCACUAAGGUACAAAACAAGACUCACACGGUAGAGCUACCUUGUGAUAAUAAUACACGUAAGGAAACUUUCACUUCUCAGUCACCCAUUGAUACACAGCAGAGAACUCAAGUGAGUGAAAAACAGUUUGAGUGUAAUGAAUGUCAAAAAUCCUUUUCUAAGAGGUCAAUCCUUAUUUUACAUCGAAGAAGUCACACAGGUGAAAAAAUUUAUGCAUGUAAUGACUGUGGGACAGCUUUCUCCCGGAAAUUUACCCUAGUUGUACAUCAGCGAACUCACACAGGGGAGAAACCAUAUAAAUGUAAUGAGUGUGGAAAAGCUUUCACCUGCUCUUCACUCCUCAAAAAACAUCAGAGAACUCACACAGGGGAAAAAGCCUAUCAAUGUAUUGAAUGUGGUAAAACUUUCAAGCAUAAGAUAAGUCUUGCACUACAUCAUAGAACACACUCAGGGGAGAAACCCUAUCAAUGCAAUGAAUGUGGUAAAAGAUAUACCCACAAGUCAAGCCUUGCAAAACAUCAGCAAACUCACACAGGGGAGAAACCGUAUAAAUGUAGUGAGUGUGGAAAAGCUUUCACCUGCAUGUCGUCCCUCAGAGAACAUCAGAGAACUCACACAGGGGAAAAACCCUAUCAAUGUAAUGUAUGUGGGAAAACUUUGAAGCACAAAACUCGUUUUGUAGUACAUCAGAGAACUCACACAGGGGAGAAACCCUAUCAAUGUAAUGAAUGUGGGAGAGCUUUCGCCUACUUACCACGCCUCAGAGAACAUCAGAGAAUUCACAAAGGGUUGAAACCCUAUCAAUGUACUGAAUGUGGGAAGUCUUUCUUCUGGAAAUCUAAUCUGAAUGGACAUUGGAGAACUCACACUGGGAAGAAGCCCUAUGAAUGUGCUGAUGUGGAAAAAGCUUUUGCACACAACCAACAGCAUGUUACACAACAUCAGAGAACUCACACAGGAGAGAAACCCUAUGAAUGCAGUGAAUGUGAGAAAGCUUUCGUCUCCUUAUCAGGUCUCAGAGAACAUCAGAGAAUUCACUCAGGGGAAACACCCUAUCGGUGUAAUGAAUGUGGUAAACUUUUCGGCAAGAACUCAGCUCUUGUAGCACAUCAGAGAACUCACACAGGAGAGAAACCCUAUCAAUGUAAUGAAUGUGGGAAAACUUUCAGCCAGAAGUCAGCCCUCGUUGUACAUCAGAGAAUUCACACAGGAGAGAAACCCUAUCAAUGUACUGAAUGUGGUAAAAGUUACACCUGGAAAUCAAGCCUUAGAGUACAUCAGAGAACUCAGACAGGUGAGGAACCCUAUGAAUAUAAUGAAUGUGGUAAAACUUAUUCAGAGAAGUGAAGCCUUAGAGUACAUCAGAGAACUCACACAGGGGAGAAACCCUAUGAAUGUCAUGAGUGUGGAAAAGAUUUCCACUGCAUGUCACACCUUGGAGAACAUCAGAGAACUCACACAGGGGAGAAACCAUAUGAAUGUACUGAAUGUGGGAAAACUUUCAGCUACAAAUCAGGCCUUGGAGUUUAUCAGAGAACUCACACAGGGCUGAAACCUUAUGAAUGGUAUGCAUGUCAUAAAACUUACAUUGAGGAGUCAAACCUUGCAGUACAUCAGAGAACUCACAUAGUGGAUAAACCCUAUAAAUGUAAUGAAUGUGGGAAACCUUUCAGCCUCAAAGCAGUCCUUGGAAAACAUGAGAGAACACACAUAAGGGACACACCAUAUGAAUGUAAUGAAGUGGAAAAGCUUUCAUCUCCGUGUCGCACUUCAGAAGUCAUCAGAGACCUCACGCAGGGGCAAAACCCUACAAAUGUAGUGAAUGCGGAAACACUUUCACCUCCAUGUCACAUCUCAGAAGACAUCAGAGAAUUUAGACAGGGGAGAAACCCUGCAGAGGUACUAAAUGUGAAAACACUUUCAGCCACAAAGCAGUUUUGGAAAAUAUCAGAGAACUCUCACAGGUGA